CGGAGGAUUGCCCCUUGCAACGAUGGUGGUUGCAGGACUCCUAUCCUCGGUGAGUAAAACUCCAACUUCAUGGGAGGAAAUUGCUAAAAAUGUAAGAUCAUCUCUUGCCACAACAGAUGGGCGGGUGCAAAAGAUUCUAUCCUUGAGUUACAACCAUUUGCCUCAUCAUUUGGGGGCGUGUUUCUUACACAUGGGAGGAUUUCCAGAAGAUCACGAGAUCAAAGUUGAGAACCUGAAGAGGUUAUGGAUAGCUGAAGGCUUUGUGAAACCAGUUGCAUCUAAAAGCUUUGAAGACAGAGCAGAAGAGUAUCUGGAGGAUCUUAUUAGGAGAAGUCUUGUUAUUGUUUCCAAUAAUAAAUCUAAUGGCAAAAUAAAAAGUUGCAGGCUCCAUGAUCUGGUACGAGAUUUGUGCAUCAAGAAAUCGCAGGAAGAGAAGUUUCUUGUGCACGUUAAGGGUAGGCGAGCGCUGGAGCUGAUGAAAAGCAUGAAAGAUGAGCGCAGGAUAAGUGUUUCUAGCUCUAAACUCGAUUCUUUCGCUCACAUUUUUAGCACAACCAUCCGGACUAUAAUGUACUUCGAGUAUAAACUUGAGUCUUUCGGGAGCUUUAGAUUGCUCAGGGUCCUCGAUGUGCUGAGAGUCUGAUUUCUUCCGCGUUUGGUCCCUGAUCAAUUUUUUGAGCUGUUUCAUUUGAGGUACAUUGCUUUCUCCUAUGACUAUAAAAUUCCUAGAGCAAUCUCAAACCUUCAAAGCCUUCAAACCUUAAUCAUUCGGACCGGUGAUGAUAGAGUUUUGCCAGAUGAAAUUUGGAAUAUGCCGCAACUAAGGCAUCUCAUUAUCCUCGGUUAUUCUAGUUGUUACUUAACUCAUCCCAAUAGUGCUCCUUUUGCUCUAAACAAUCUGCAAACACUAGGGAAAGUGAGAGAUCUCGAUUGUUCAUUAAGUCUCCUCCACAUGAUUCCCAACCUUAGGAAGCUGUCCAUCUCUUAUUCGUGGGGAUCGGGAGAAUCACUCUUCCAUAAUCUUGUACAUCUCCAUCAACUUGAAAAUUUGAAGCUGGAAAAGGAGAGCUAUCGGUGUAAGUCUGGUGUCCACGAUCUUCUGCUUCCAACUUCGCUGAAGAAGUUAGCCUUGAUCGGUUGGGGUUUUCACGAUCCUUACCUCAAAAUUUCCGGUCCGUUGCCUAAUCUUCAAGUGCUAAAACUGAGAAAAUUCAACUUCGUGCAGCAAGAAUGGGUUACUAGCGAUACAGACUUCCCAAAGCUGAGAUUUCUACUCAUCGAUCGAUCGGAUCUGAAGCAAUGGAACAGCGAAGGCAGCCACUUCCCGUUGCUCGAGCACCUGCUGAUUCAUUCUUGCCGGAAUCUCAGUGAAAUCCCAGAUAGUAUGGGAGAAAUACCGACGUUGAAGUUGAUCGAGGUUAAGGACUGUGAGAAUUCGGUGGCGGAAUCCGUCAAACUAAUUCAAGAAGAGCAGCAAAGUUACGGAGAUGAUGUGUUUCAAGUUCGUUGUAUUGGUUGUAAGCCCACCCAAAAGCCGCUUCCGCCGCCACCACCGGCCAUCAAAAGGCCGGUUUCAGCUCGAUGGAAUAUAAGUAAAGUUUACCAUGUUACGGACUUGCCUCGAUAUAAGCGCUGGAGAAGAAAACUAAAGAAAAUGAAGUAAUUUCACUUUUUCGGAUCAGAAGCAUCGGUAGUAAGCAUGAUCGAGCUGGAUAGUCGAUUCCUCAAUUUAGAGAUGGAGAGGGUGUUUGCAAAAAUGCCUUUUGAGGUUUUGAAUUAUACCGCUUCAUGAAAGGUAGACCGUUAUCAUUUUGUCGAUGAUACAAAUGUUGUUGAGCUUCUAGACAAGACUGGAUAAGAGGUGUUUGAUAAAAUGACUGCCUACAACGGCAAAAACAGAGGCUGAGCAGAAGGUGUUCGAUCCAAUGUCUGAACCAUGCAAUACCUGAUGAAGUACUUGUUGGUCCACCAACGGGCAAUAUUUGUGUCAGUUCAUUAUUUCUAUAUUAAUUUGUUUCUUUCCUUUCGUUAGUAUGAGUCCUUAUUGUCUAAGGUCUCUCUUUAUUUGGAAAUUAACUUCCUUAGGGUAAUUAUCAGUUUGCUAGUGGAGUGCUUAAUCUCGUAAUCUUUUGCUUUCUUAUGAGGAAUUGUUUCUCUUGUUUUUUCUUGGUUCAUUUUCAUUCACUAACUUGUAAUAAAAUGUUCAUUUUGUGUAAUGUAAUAUACUAAUAUUCAA